CGGGAGAAGUUUGCAAAAGCCGCCGGUGCCCUGCUCCGGGGCUGGCGCGUGGAGCCAGCCCGGCCCCCGGGAGCAGCCGGCUUGCAGCGGGGACCAUGCCCCAGCAGGACCCGGGGUCCCUGCCGGCCAGCGCUCGUUCCCCGGCAAAGAGCCGCAUGCCCCGGGGGGAUUAACCCUCCCGAGCCCCGCAGCGCCUGCUAGACCCCCCGAGGGUGCGACCCGAAGCCCUCCCCCGCCCCCUCCAGCUCCGGAUCUGCCCAGAGUCAAUAGGAUGAGGGGGAUCUGUUACUUUGCCAUGCUGAUCCUCACAGAAGCCAUGACGGAAGCAGUGAGUUCGGGCAGAGAUUGCCUGCAGGCCGGGGAGUCCUGCACCAAUGAUCCCAGCUGCAGCUCCAAGUUCCGGACCCUCCGGCAAUGCAUCGCGGGCAACGGCGCCAACAAACUGGGGCCGGACGCCAAGAACCAGUGCCGGAGCACGGUGACGGCCCUGCUGUCCAGCCAGCUCUCUGGCUGCAAGUGUAAACGGGGCAUGAAGAAGGAGAAACAUUGCCUGAGCGUCUACUGGAGCAUCCACCACACCCUGAUGGAAGGUGUGAACGUGUUGGAGAGUUCUCCGUACGAGCCAUUCGUCAGGGGCUUUGACUACGUCCGGCUGGCAUCCAUCACCGCAGGUUCCGAGAACGAGGUGACGCAGGUGAACCGCUGUCUGGACGCCGCCAAGGCCUGCAACGUGGACGAGAUGUGCCAGAGGCUGAGGACGGAGUACGUCUCCUUCUGCAUCCGGCGCCUGGCCCGGGCCGACGCCUGCAACCGCUCCAAGUGCCACAAGGCCCUGCGCAAGUUCUUUGACCGCGUGCCCCCCGAGUACACGCACGAGCUUCUCUUCUGCCCCUGUGACGACACGGCCUGCGCCGAGCGCCGCCGACAGACCAUUGUCCCCGCCUGCUCCUACGAGUCCAAGGAGAAGCCCAACUGCCUGACCCCCCUGGAUUCCUGCCGGGAGAACUACGUCUGCAGGUCCCGAUAUGCGGAGUUUCAGUUUAACUGCCAGCCAUCCCCACAGUCUGCGACUGGCUGCAGGAGGGAGAACUACGCUGCCUGUCUGCUGGCGUACACAGGAAUCAUAGGUAGUCCCAUCACACCUAACUAUGUCGACAACUCGACCGCCAGCAUCGCGCCUUGGUGCACCUGCAAUGCCAGUGGCAACCGCCAGGAGGAGUGUGAGAGCUUUCUGCACCUCUUCACCGACAACCUCUGUCUCCAAAACGCCAUCCUGGCCUUCGGCAACGGGACGUACCUGAACGCGGCACUGGCCCCGUCCGUGCCCCCGACGACGCAGAUGUACAAGCAGGAGCGAAACGCCAACAGAGCCGCUGCCACCCUCAGAGGGAACAUCUUUGAGCAGCUCCAGCCCACUAAGGGAUCUGGAGAGGAGCCGCUCCUAAGGGGCUCCACCCAACUGGCAUCCGAAACCUCUGGCUUGGCGUCCACCUCCCGCGCUGCGGGGUGGCUGCUGAUGUGGGUUUCCAUGGCUCUCGCUGCGCCACUCCUGCUUGCGAUGUGAAACGGAGCGAGCACGCAGCAGGCGGUGACUCUAUGCGUGUCUCUUUCUUUUUUUUAAAAAAAGCACUCGUUGGGGGCGGGGCUGUAUGUGGAAAUUGCCCUGCUCCCUCCCCGCCCCCCCCAGCCAACAUAUUUUAUUUUGUAAAAUCGAAGGCGUCUCACCAGCUCGCUCCUGGUCACCCUUCCCGCUCUUGGCUCGCUUCUCGUCUCCAGCGCCCUGUAGCGUAUCCAUGGCGUUGCAGACCCACAGACGGGUCCCUUCAUAGAGCCCAGCACAAGAAACCAGAGAGUCAGAGGCCCUGAGCUCUCCUGAGACAACCGACCGAGGAAAGACUCCUGACAGAUGAGCUGUCGGGAGGGUUUCGUGAAACGCUGGCCUACAGGGACAUGGUGGGUCUCACAAUAGGCCAUGCAACUUUCUACACCGUGACCCGAGCUGCGGCAGGACCAACAGAACCCCAUCCCUGGCUCAAACUAAAGCCAUCAUCCACUUUGACAGCAAGGUGUGACCUUUGCCCACCAAGGAAGACACUAGGCAUCUCUGCGGGGUAGCGCAGAGCCAGGGCCGUUGCCAUCCCUGACCUAGCUGGUUUUCCGACAUGUCUGACAGCAUCCUGUGUAACUGGCGUGUAACUCCCAGCCGAACGCUAACCCUUUUCCCCUCUCCUGUAGAAAACCGUCUUCAUGCGUUACUGGUCUUCAGGAAGAAACACGUGUGUCACUUUCCAUUUUUUUUUUUUGCCAGCGUUGGCAAUUCAUGGUGGCAUCCCCUUCUGAGCCCGGAACAUUCUAAACUGGCCCUGUCCAGUCUUUGGGGUAGUUUUUGUCACAUCCAAGUGUGAGGUGAGAAUAGGAUAUAUUGUCUCACGCAACGCUAGUCUUUUUAUAAUCGCUUGGUAUGUGUAAGCCUCCAGGCAAGAACUGAUGUUCGUGUCACUUGACUCAUGUUCACAUAUGACAGGCGAGUUGUUUGGUCUUAAAGGUUGUGUCUACACUGCAUCAGAACACCUGCAGCUGGCCCGGGUAGGAAUCAUAGAAUAUCAGGGUUGGAAGGGAU